ACCGAGGCGUCUUUGCCUCUAGGACUUUGCGCCCGUCCUCUAUGGCGGUGGCGGUGCUGCGGAGCCUGGACGACCCAGUCCCUCAGGACUUGCCACCGGCCGCGGGGCUGCUGGUGGCCCCGGCCGGGGGAGAGUGGGCAGCGGCGGCCGGCCCAGCCGGGGCGCUCGUGUUGGCCGUGCGGCCGGCCGGAACUGAGGCGCAGCCGGUGUUGUUGUGCGCGGCGCUGCUCGAGGCCGAGGCCGCCUCGGGGCCGGAGCUGUGGCUGAGCCGGGCCUUCCUGAGGCAGCUGGGCCUGGACGCGGGGACGCGGGUGCGGGUCUGGCCCGUGCGGAGGCCGCCGUUGCUAGGCUGGGUGUUGCUGGGGGGAGCCGCAGCCGUAGGGCGGGCGCCGCGGCCGGGGGCGGGCUCCGGCUCCAGCCUUCUGGUGCGACGCGGGGAGACCCUGCCGGGCUCGGGGCUGCUGGUGCUGGAGGCCCGCCCGGCCCUGCAAGGGCUCUUAGGCGCCGGCACUCGCUUGGCCGUGACUGAGCUGCGAAGCGGCGGAGACAGCCGGGGCCGGAGGGAGUCGCCGCCGCUGCCGCUUCCUCUGGUGUCCUGGUGGGCGCACGGCGGGGAGCGGCUAGUGAAGGCGGAGCGGCACCACCCGGCGCUAUGGGGUGGCGUGGGGGGCGAGGUGCUCUGGGUGACCCGCGGCGGUUUGCGCAGCCUGGGUCUCUUCCAAGGGGAGUGGGUGUCGGUAACGAGGCAAGAGGGGGGCACCCCAGGGAACGGGGCCCAGCACCUGGCCACUGUGCGGGCCCUCGGGCCCCAGUGGUAUUUCCCUCUCCAAGACAUCGAGGACAAACACCGCCGAACUUUGCUGAACGAGAGAGCCCUGAUCCCCGCCACCUUGGCGUUCAACCUGUCCUGUGACCCUCUGGAAGGGAGCCUCCUUAAAAUCCAGAGAUAUGGGGAAGCUGCUGGUGCUCAAGAGGUAAAAGGAAGUCGAUCUUUGCUAUCUGUGCCACCCUUUGCCAAGGAGCUACACAUAGAGAUUGUGUCCUCACCAGCCUACAGCACCAGAGGAGUCUAUGACCAAAUUCUCUACCAACACUUUCAAACUCCCAGGCUAGUCCAAGCUGAAGAUAUUUUGAGUAUUCCAACAGUUGGGCAUCCUGAGUUCUUAGAAGGAAAUUCUGACAAGUUUGUUAGAUGGCCAGAGCUCUACUUCAAGGUGAAAAAGAUAGUACCAGCAGAGGAAAAGGAGCAAAGUGUAGGGUACCUGGCGGACACCCAGAACACUUCUUUAUUCCUGGUUGGCUCAACAAACAGUGCUGUCCCAUCUUUCCCAUCUCAAAAUGCCCAUGGCUUUUGGAGCAGUUUGUCUCCAGCUGGGCUCUGCAGUGUAGUGAAGCAGCUCUGUGACAUUCUUGGCCCUCACUUACACAGCAGGACUCUGCUAAAUGGAGCUGGAAGCAUUCUUCUUUCAGGACCCAGUGGUGUGGGGAAAAUGACAGCUGUCAGAGCCGCCUGUAGCCGCCUUAAUCUCCAUUUGUUCAAGGUGGAUUGCGUUGGUUUGUGUGGUGACACCAGUGGAUCUACAGAAGCCAAGCUGCACGCUGCCUUCUCCCAGGCUGAUCUCUACAGCCCUUGUGUCCUGCUGAUGAAAGACGUAGAGCUGCUGGGAAGAGAUCGCGACGGACUUGGGGAAGACUCCAGAGUCAUCCUUGCAUUAAGGCACCUUCUCCUGGACAGAGAGGCAAACUCUAGCAGCUACCCUGUCCUGGUGGUCGGCACAACAACCAGGAUUGGGGAUGUCCCUACAGACCUGCAAACAGCUUUCCUUCAUGAGGUGAAAAUCGAAGCACCGUCAGAAGAGCAAAGGAAAGCCAUUCUGAGCAUGCUAACUGAGAACUUCCCACUGGGCAAAGAAGUGAGCCUGACCAAGCUAGCCCGGCAAAGUGCGGGCUUCGUUCUAGGAGAUUUCUGCGCUUUACUUUCCCACAGUAGCCGCGCUGCUUGCACACGGAUCCAGAAUUCAAGUUUCCUAGGAGGACCAAGUGAGGAGGAAGAGCGUGAUUUUUGUGCUGCUGGCUUCCCUCUCCUUGCAGAGGAUUUCAGCGUUGCCCUGGAUAAACUGCAUGAUGCUCAUUCGCAGGCGAUAGGAGCCCCAAAGAUACCUUCUGUCUUCUGGCAAGACAUUGGUGGGCUCCAGGAUGUGAAGAAGGAGAUCCUGGACACCAUUCAGCUUCCGCUAGAACACCCAGAGCUACUAUCUCUCGGGCUUCGCCGCUCUGGCCUCCUCCUCUAUGGUCCUCCUGGAACAGGAAAGACGUUGCUCGCUAAAGCUGUAGCAACAGAGUGCACCAUGACUUUCCUCAGUGUGAAGGGGCCCGAGCUCAUUAACAUGUACGUUGGACAGAGUGAAGAGAAUGUGCGUGAAGUGUUUACCAGAGCCAGGGCAGCUGCUCCCUGCAUUAUCUUUUUUGAUGAGCUCGAUUCCUUGGCGCCUAAUCGUGGGAGGAGUGGAGAUUCAGGAGGUGUAAUGGACAGAGUGGUAUCUCAGCUACUAGCGGAGCUUGAUGGACUUCAUUCUUCUCAAGACGUGUUCGUCAUUGGAGCUACAAACAGACCUGAUCUUCUGGAUCCAGCCUUGCUCCGACCAGGCAGAUUUGAUAAGUUGGUCUAUGUAGGUGUCAAUGAAGACCGAGACUCUCAGCUGCAAGUCCUAAGUGCCAUCACCAGAAAGUUUAAGCUGGAUCCUUCAGUGAGUCUCCUUGGUGUCCUUGACAAAUGUCCUGUACAGCUAACAGGAGCAGAUCUGUAUGCUCUAUGUUCAGAUGCCAUGAUGUCUGCUAUCAAAAGAAAAGUGGAGUGGAUAGAGGAAGGGCUGGAUACAGAGAGCUCAGAGCUCACACUGACUACGGAGGACUUUGUACAAGCUGCAACAAGGCUGCAGCCUUCUGUUUCAGAAUCAGAACUGCUCAGAUACAAAAUGAUCCAGCAGAAAUUUGCUGCUUGAUAAGCAUCCGGCUGGACCGGAAAGGGAUAUGUAAGAUUGGAACUGUACAACCCCAAGGGAUCUGGAAUAUAUUCUGGCAUGGGAACACCAUUCCUGCUGGAGAAGCGAAAAGGACACUCUCUGUCACAAUAUGGAUUCAGAUCUAGCUGUGCAACUGAGACAGAUGGAUGCUUAGCUGGGUAAGAACUAUUGCAAAUUAGUCCCCCCCUUUGGGCUCACUGCCGUUGCUGAUAUAUCCGGAGCUCACCGUCAAGUGGAAAACCUUGGAAUGCUAAUGACUUGGGCCUAUGAAUACAGGGGGGAAGUUGCUGUAAGUAUCUAAAAUGUCUAAAUAAAGAUUGAAUUGCUUUCCAAGAAGAA